CGCGUCGUCUUUCGGCGGCGUGGCGCAGCGCUUCUCCCGGUGGCGCGGCGGCUUCGGAGGGAGGGUCGGCCGCCGGGCACAGGUUUCCUAAAAGACAGAAAAAUGGAGGAAUUGGUAAACCAAAUGCAGCCGCUGAAUGAGAAGCAGAUAGCCAAUUCUGAAGACGGAUAUGUGUGGCAAGUCACUGAUAUGAAUCGGCUGCACCGGUUCUUAUGUUUUGGUUCUGAAGGUGGGACUUACUAUAUCAAAGAACAGAAGUUGGGCCUUGAGAAUGCUGAAGCUUUAAUUAGAUUGAUUGAAGAUGGCAGAGGAUGUGAAGUGAUACAGGAAAUAAAGUCAUUUAGUCAAGAAGGCAGAACUGCAAAGCAGGAGCCUAUGCUCUUUGCCCUCGCCAUUUGUUCCCAGUGUUCCGACAUAAGCACGAAACAAGCCGCCUUCAAAGCUGUUUCUGAAGUUUGUCGCAUUCCUACACAUCUCUUUACUUUUAUACAAUUUAAGAAAGAUCUAAAGGAAAGCAUGAAAUGUGGCAUGUGGGGUCGCGCCCUCCGGAAGGCCGUAGCAGACUGGUACAAUGAAAAAGGUGGCAUGGCCCUUGCCCUGGCCGUUACAAAAUAUAAACAAAGAAAUGGCUGGUCUCACAAAGAUCUGUUAAGAUUGUCUCACCUUAAACCUUCCAGUGAAGGACUUGCUAUUGUUACCAAAUAUAUUACAAAGGGCUGGAAAGAGGUCCAUGAAAUGUAUAAAGAAAAAGCACUUUCUGUGGAGACUGAGAAAUUAUUAAAGUAUCUGGAGGCUGUAGAGAAAGUGAAGCGCACAAAAGAUGAACUGGAAGUCAUUCAUCUGAUAGAAGAACACAGACUGGUUAGGGAGCAUCUCCUAACAAAUCACUUAAAGUCUAAAGAGGUAUGGAAGGCUUUGUUACAAGAAAUGCCUCUUACAGCAUUACUAAGGAAUCUUGGAAAGAUGACUGCUAAUUCAGUGCUUGAACCAGGAAACUCAGAAGUGUCUUUAGUAUGUGAAAAGCUGUGUAAUGAAAAACUGUUAAAAAAGGCUCGUAUACAUCCAUUUCAUGUUCUAAUUGCAUUAGAAACUUACAAAACAGGUCAUGGGCUCAGAGGAAAACUGAAGUGGCGCCCUGAUGAAGAAAUUUUGCAAGCUUUGGAUGCUGCUUUUUACAAAACAUUUAAGACAGUUGAGCCAGCUGGAAAGCGUUUCUUACUGGCAAUUGAUGUCAGUGCUUCUAUGAACCAAAGAGUUUUGGGUAGUGUACUCAACGCUAGCACAGUAGCCGCAGCAAUGUGCAUGGUUGUCACACGAACAGAAAAAGAUUCUUAUAUAGUUGCUUUUUCAGAUGAAAUGGUACCAUGUCCAGUGACUACAGAUAUGACCUUACAACAGGUUUUAAUGACUAUGAGCCAGAUCCCAGCAGGUGGAACUGAUUGCUCUCUUCCAAUGAUCUGGGCUCAAAACACAAAUACAGCUGCCGACGUCUUCAUAGUAUUCACUGAUAACGAGACGUUUGCUGGACAUGUCCAUCCUGCCGUUGCUCUGAGGGAAUAUCGAAAGAAUAUGGAUAUUCCAGCUAAGCUGAUUGUUUGUGGAAUGACAUCAAAUGGUUUUACCAUUGCAGACCCAGAUGAUAGAGGCAUGUUGGAUAUGUGUGGCUUUGAUACAGGAGCUCUGGACGUGAUUCGAAGUUUCAUAUUAGAUAUGAUUUAAUCAUAAGCACCAGCACAGUCUAAGAGGUCCAUUGCCAUCAGUGAUCUCGCUAAUACACCGCUACUUCCCAGCUAAUCUUAAUCCAAUGAAAGACAGUAGGAUGAUGGUAUAGUAUGUGCAUAAUGGAAAGUUUACCUUACCAAAAAAAAAAAAAAAAGGAAGGAACAAUAAGAUGAGCCCAAAGUUCUUUCUGUCUACUAAACUAGCUCUUGGGAAAUAGCUUCAGAAUACACUGUAGCCCCCUCUAUCUAAUAGAGAACUUCUUGUUGAGAGACUGUAAAAUAGUCAAAGAGUUUUGCUUUGGUGAAUAAUCACAUUUGUACUUAAAAGAAGAGAGAGCCAAAAGUGUAAGUAGUUCCAUAUCAUGUCACUUAUUUGAGAAAUGCCUAAAGUUUUCUUAAAUGUUUUCAUUGGUAAAGGACAACUUUGAUAAUGUCCAAAUAUUCUGAAAUGCACUGGACCAUGUAACUGUGAUGGAAUAUGAAACUCAUUUGUAAACUUUUAUACCAAGGGGGUUAAAAAAACAAACAAAAAAAAACAAAGACAUUUGAUUAUGAAUGAGUUUUACAAAUCCUUUAACAGUUUUCUACAGUCACAUAAAUAGCUUUCUCAGUCAGUGAAAAAGAUAUUUUGUUUCUGUGGUUUAAUUUACACUUGUAGAAUUGUUACCAUUAACCAGAAACAGAACUGGAAACCCCUGAGAAGAGAUCUGAAGUUUGUGUCAGCUGAGGAAGUCUAUUUUGGUUUGCUUUUGUUUAUUGCUGUGAGUGAGGGGCAUGACUUGACAGUUUCCUCUGGCUUAUAACAACAUAGCCACAUGUAGGCACACUUUUUUUUUCAUUCUCUUAAAUGAAAACAUGUUUCAAGCCUUUAACUCCCCCCAUUCAUAAUCUGAAAGUAUGACAAUUAAAAUCUCAAACAUAGCCAGAUUAGCUUUUUCCUUACUUUAAAAAUAUUGUUUUAAUUACUUUUAUCUAUUUUUUUAGCCAAUUGUAAAUGGGUUUUAGAUAUUUCUAAUUGUAAACAUGUUAGUGGCCUCCUCUCUCGUCCAUUAUUCAUCUGUGGCUUUGUCCAUUAUUCAUUUGUGACAAAACAUUCUUUUUUGAUAGUAUAAAAAAAUAAUAAAGCAAGGUAGGUCUUUCAGGUUUGAAAGGCAGUUUUUGUGUGGCAUAUUAUCACUAAUCAGUCUGUAAGAAAUUAAUUUUUUCUAUUUUAUUUGUGUAUAUUAAACUUCCUAUUCAUUAUAAAGUGCAUUAUUUUCUUGAGCAAGUAUCCCUUCCUUGUGGGGAGGUUUAACCUGUUGAACUGCCAGUAUAUUUGCUCAUAAUUAUAUCAUGGCUGUCUAAGAUAAUGUGCACAUAAAACUUCAGUUUUUAUGUAUUGUUCUUUAAAUGUAUUUAAAGAUUUACUGGGGAUUUAUAAAGCCCUUCUCAAUAUUAUAUGAAAAGUCAAACUAGUAAAUGUAAAUGAUACUUUCACGUGCUUGGGGGUUAGAGGUUUUAUGUUUUGGGGGGCAGGGGGACUUAAGUAAUGUUAGAAUUCGUAUAUUUUCUUCUGUUUCAUGAGAAAUUUGGGCUCUGGGAGUAACAAGACAAUGUUCCUUUCAAACUUAUUUGAUAUAUUAAUGCUGGCCUUGUCUGAUAUGUAGCUCUUCCUUCAAGGCCACUGGUAGCAAUUUGUAAAUAUUAUGAUUUACCUGAUUUUUUGGUCAGCAAAGCUAGUAGCACCACUACCCACCUCCCAAAAAAAAAUACAUGGCUUCUGAUAUCUUUGUUUUUUAUCCUCUGUCAGGCAUUGGAUUUGACAUGUUAGCUACUUUUGAUACAUUAAAAUAUUACGUUCAGAUUGAAUUUAAAGUUUAAAGAACCUAACAGAAUUUUGUAAUAGUACUUGAAUUCUUUAAGUAAACCCAAAAUCUUCUUAAAUUAAAA